UCCUACGGUCUGUGUUUCUGCCCUCGCUCCCGCAGCUUUGCCUUGCGCGAGUUGGAGUAGUGGAGCGUGCGGGUCCGAGGCCGGAGCGUCCGGGUCCGCAGCGGGCGGGCACGGCUGUGCAGGCCGGGGAGGCCGAGGGCCGGGCUGACAGAGGUGUCAAGACCCGGGCCCGCUGCGGCCUCCUAGACCCAAUCCGAGUACUUCUCCAGACUUUUCCUUCGGCAGCGGAAGAUGACGACAUCCUUGGUCCUCCAUCAAAGCGGUCAGUGAUCUGGAAACCCGAGGGAGAGAAGCGCCAACAGAGGACACAAGGAAGAGUCAGGGAAGUAAGGGGGGGGGGAUACCAGUAUCAUUCAUGUAUUGGAGACCAGAUGGAGAGUGUUCCAAAGAGUAGGGUGCACCUAGGAUUGUGUGGGUGCCCCUUGGAUCUGAGCUCUUCAGUGGUGGGAACUGUUUCUGAAGGUUUUUGUGUCCCCAACAGCAAGCAUUAUUCCUGGCUUGUAGUUCAAGCCCAGUGCUUUCUUAAUGUGUAUAAAUGAGUCCCAAGGCAGUUGGGUAUUUUCUGUUUUCUAUGUGUGUGUAUUACGUGUAUUUGUGUCUUGCACAGUUUUGCCUGUGUGAGUGCAUGUGGAGGCCCAGGGUGGUGCUGGGAGCCAUCGUUCACCCUUCCCCUGUACUCACUGAAGGAAGAUCUUAGUCAAACCCAGGGUGGUGCUGGGAACCAUCGUUCACCCUUCCCCUGUACUCACUGAAGGAAGAUCUUAGUCAAACCCAAGGCUCUCCAAUAUGGCUAGUCUUGCUGGCCAGCUUCCUCUGGAGAGCCCCUAUCUUGUCUCCCAAGAUUAGAACUACUGUCAUGCCUGCCUGGCAUUUACCUGGGUUUCUGGAACCCUAAUCUGGUACUCACUCAUACUGCAAGUGCUUUAACCGCGGAGCCGUUUCUCUCGCCUGAUAGGCAGGCUUUCCUUUCGCAGUCUGUGAUAUAAAGUAAAAUGCGCAGUGUUCAUGGUUGACAGCAGCAGCGAGCUUGGGAAGAGCUUGUCUUCAGAUGCCUGUUUCUUGUGAUCGCAUUCUGAGAAUGUUGUUGCAGGGCCCACUGUCCUUCAGGGACGUGGCUGUGGCCUUCACCCAGGAGGAGUGGCAGCGGCUGGGCUCUGAGGAGAAGAUGACGUACAGGGACGUGAUGCUGGAGACCUACAGCAACCUCGUCUCCGUGGGGUGUCACAUUAUCAAACCGGAUGUUAUCAUCAAGUUGGAACAAGGAGAAGAGCCAUGGAUAGUAGAAGGAGCAUUCUCACCUCAGAGCUAUCCAGAUGAAAUCUGGCAGGUGAAUGACCUGAUGGAGAAAGCCCCGGAAGAUGGAAAGAAGCUCUCGAGGGCAGCUGUGCUCAGCUACAGAAGCGUGGUCGGAAAGACAGGCGAUGCUGCCGGUGAAGCUGCUGCUGUAGAAACAACACUUGUUCCUUCAGGGAAAGUCAUCCCUAAAUGCAGCUCCUGCGCGGAGAGCUUGACGUGUAUCUCCGCCUUCAUCAGCAGCGAUGGGAGCUACGCAAAGAUGAAGCCCAAUGUCUGUGCUGGAUGUGGGAAAUCGCUGCUCCACACUAAGCUCGAGAAAACACAUCCAGGAGAAGAUUCUUACGGAUUUAGUCAGAAUGAAGACGAUUACACUCUAAGUGAAGAAAAUUUUUACCAAAAACUUCGUACUUUGGAGAAGCCCUUUGAAUAUGUUGAGUGCCAGAAAUCCUUCCCAAAGAACACUGUUUUCGUUGAUUCUGUGGAAGAGAAGCCCUAUGACUGGAGUGAGUCUGAAAUGGCUUUCCUCCAGAUGUCAGAGCUCAGUGUCCACCAGGAUUCUCACAUGGAAAUAAAGCCCUACGAGUGCCGGGAAUGCGGGAAGUCCUUCUGUAAAAAGUCCAAAUUCAUCAUCCACCAGAGAACUCACACGGGAGAGAAACCGUUUAAGUGUAACCAGUGUGGGAAGUCCUUCUGCCAGAAGGGAACCCUCACCGUGCAUCAGAGGACACACACAGGGGAGAAGCCCUACGAAUGUAAUGAGUGCGGGAAAAACUUCUACCAGAAGUUACACCUCAUCCAGCACCAGAGAACUCACUCAGGAGAGAAGCCCUAUGAAUGCAGCUACUGUGGGAAGUCCUUCUGCCAGAAGACGCACCUCACGCAGCACCAGAGGACACACUCAGGCGAGAGGCCCUACAUCUGUCCCGACUGUGGAAAGACUUUCUCUCAGAAGUCAGCCCUUAAUGACCACCAGAAGAUCCACAGCGGGGUGAAGCUGUACAAGUGCAGCGAGUGUGGGAAGUGCUUCUGCCGCAAGUCCACACUCACCACCCACAUGAGGACGCACACCGGGGAGAAGCCCUACGAGUGCAACGAGUGCGGGAAGUUCUUCUCCAGGCUGUCCUACCUGACCGUGCACUACAGAACCCACUCGGGGGAGAAGCCCUACGAGUGUGCCGAGUGCGGGAAGACCUUCUACUUGAACUCCGCCCUCAUGCGGCACCAGAGGGUGCACACCGGAGAGAAGCCUUACGAGUGCAGCGAGUGCGGGAAGCUGUUCUCACAGCUGUCCUACCUCACCGUGCACCACCGAACUCACUCGGGAGUGAAGCCCUACGAGUGCAGCGAGUGCGGGAAGACCUUCUACCAGAACUCGGCCCUGUGCCGGCACCGGAGAAUCCACAGAGGGGAGAAGCCCUACGAGUGCUACAUAUGCGGGAAGUUCUUCUCACAGAUGUCCUACCUCACCAUCCACCACCGCAUCCACUCAGGGGAGAAGCCCUACGAGUGCAGCGAGUGCGGGAAGACCUUCUGCCAGAACUCCGCCCUGAACAGGCACCAGCGGACACACACAGGGGAAAAAGCCUAUGAGUGUUACGAGUGUGGGAAGUGCUUCUCGCAAAUGUCGUACCUCACCAUCCAUCACCGGAUCCACUCGGGGGAGAAGCCCUUUGAAUGCAGUGAGUGCGGGAAAGCCUUCUCUAGGAUGUCCUACCUCACCGUGCACUACAGAACACACUCGGGAGAGAAGCCUUACGAGUGCGCCGAGUGUGGGAAGAAGUUCUACCACAAGUCAGCGUUCAAUAGCCAUCAGAGGGUUCACCGAAGAGGGAGUGCCAUGUAGCUGUGUGGGAGGCUCCCCUACAGCGGGCUCAGAUGACCACCUCAGUGAGCAGGUGGAGCUCUGUGUACAUUUGUUUCUCAGCACCCAUAGCUUUCAUAUCCAAGGGUUCAACCGACCAGAACUACUUAGGGAAAAGGUUUUAUCUGUACUGAAUAUAUACAGACUUUUUUUCUUGUACAAUAUGACAACUUUGAUAUUGCAUUUGUAUGAUAUUAAACAUUAUAGAUCAUCUAGAGAUGAGUUAAAAUACAUAAGAAGAUUAUGUAGGCUGUACACAAAUACAGCAUUUUACAUAGGGACUUAAUAAACUGCAGACUUUGGUGUCCAGGUGGUCCUAGAACCACACUUACACAUACCAAAGGAUACUUUGAGAGCCCACACAAGUGAGCAGGACAUGGCCAUGUGAAGUAGAUCCAUCCGGAAAUUCACAGGGCAGAAACCACAGUUGUGACAAGAGUACAUAGCAGCCUAUCCAGGAGUAAGAAUCAAACUGCUGUCAGGGAGUUGACUCUCUUAACUGUGAGACAUACACUCCUUUGGAAACUCUGGUACUAAGGAUGUUUUGUAAAAAUUAAGAUAAUCUGCUGGAAAUAAGUACACUCUGUAACUACAGGAUAUAAAUGUCAGUUGAGUUAGCAAAGUUUGGUGCAUUAAACUGGCAAAUAAUUCCCUAGGAACACAGGACUUGGGGUUUCUUGUUCUUAUUUUAGUAACCAUCACAGAAAUCAUGUUUGUUCUGUUUUAAUCAAGCUUGGAAGAGCGUAUCCUUAGUUUGUAACGUAUGGUAAGGUAGCCUAUUCUAACCAAGUUCGCCAUCAUGUUACUUUUGAAUAUGCAUUUCACUGGAGUAGGAUCUGAAAGUUAUGAACUAUGCUUUUUCCUUGUUGCUUGUGUUUUAAAAUGCAUUUGAUCAUUGUUACAGGAUUAUAUCUGUAAUAAGCCAAUUUUUUGUUGUUUUUAACUAUCGCAAAGACGACAGAAAUGUAUCUAUAAAAUAGGAAACUCUGAGUAGAUCAUUUUAAAUUAAGCCAGAAUCUUCAAGGGUGAGAAGUAGCUUCAGCACUCACUACUCUGUACAGCCACGACCUAAGAAUAUUCUCCUUCCUCUCUGCGUUUGCUCACUUCCUUCUUAUGUAGAUGUGAGGUCCUAGAGCACAGGGCUGUGCAGGUGUCUGUGCUAGUGUGGGGAACGUUCUCCACUCUGCCAUCGCUAGGAGGUGAGAACACACAAAUCAGGGUGUGGCAGACAUCAUCCCUGUCGUCUGUCACUCCCUCCUGGCUCUUUGCCCUCCUGGGAAUAUGGGCUCUAACUCCUGGUAAGUGUCUUUGGUAGAGAUAAUCCUUCCCUGUAGCCUAGGACCCAAGUCUAAAGAGUUAGUGGGGUUAUCAGAGAUUGUCUCCUGAAAGGGUUUCCUCAAAGAAGCCGAACCUUAGUGAGCAUCGCCUUGUCUGGAUGUGGUGACUCCCAGCAGUGGCCACAGUUUAACAGUCAUAGCCGUACAGAAGUAGAAUGAACUGGGACCUGAUGUCUCAGAGGCAUUAAACCAGCUUGACUGGAGCCGCUCCAUGUCUGGACUGUGUCUUUUUCUAAGAGAUUAUUUGUUUCUAAGCCAGUUGACUUAGGAACAUUCUGCUAGUAACAAGACAGUCUACCUGGUGUAGCAUUACACUUUGUAGGAGUUAUGCAAUUCGGAAGUGGACUCUAGCUAAAUCAUUUAUUUUGAUGUGUUAAUAGAGAGAUUUAUUAUCUGUAAAUUUGUAUGUAAAUAAUCUGAACAUUGAAAAUGAAUUUGAAACAAACGUA